AUGAAGCUCUUCCGGUCUCGCAUUUGUGCGGCAGCCAUGGCCCUCGCGGUGAUGGCGAUGCAACAGGCCCAAGUGGAUGCGUGUACGGCCAUCGCUGUGACGAGAGGCGCGAGCGUGGACAACUCGACGUUGAUCGCUCACACGGACGACGCUGGCGGCGGUGCCUCGGAUCUGCGUCUCGUUCGCGUCCCAGCUCAGGACCACAAGCCUGGCAGCAAACGCGCCGUCUACAACUUCAAUGGUGGGUACCCGCGCGUGGUGGCGCCGGAUCGUGGCCCCCACUACCAGCCUGUGACCGAACUCGAGACUGGAGAGACUCAACCGUACUCGGCCCCGAUGGGCUACAUCCCGCAGGUGGAGCACACGUACGCGUACUUCGACCAGGACUACGGCGUGAUGAACGAGGUGCAGCUCAGCAUUGGCGAGAGCACCUGCGGCGCCAAGACCGUCGGCUGGCCACUCAACGUACCGGGAGGCAAGAAUCUGUUCGGCAUUGCAGAGCUCACCAAGGUCGCGCUUGAACGCUGUGCGACCGCACGCUGCGCCGUUGAUAUCAUGGGCUCACUAGCUGAGGAGUACGGCUUCUACAGCGAAGACAGCGGCGAUAUGGCGAAACCGGACUACGGGGACUCGGCUGAAGCGCUCGUGGUGGGCGAUAAGCUUGGCGAAGUCUGGGUCUUCCACGUUAUGACUGGCAAGGAUCACGCUGGUGCCGUGUGGGCGGCCCAGCGCGUACCUGACGGCCACGUGACGGUGAUCGCCAACGGGUUCACGAUCCGUGAACUUGAUUUGAGCCAGCCGGACUGGUUCAUGGCCUCGAGCAACGUGCACUCGCUCGCCGAGGACAUGGGCUGGUGGGACCCGAAAGGCGACAAGCCCUUCGACUUCACUGCUGCCUACGGCUUUGCCGACAAGGACGCCAUCGGGCCACUGUACACUGGUCGUCGUGUGUGGCGCGUGUUUGACGUGCUGGCUCCAUCACUUCAGCUCGACGCUCGCCUCGGCAGUUUCUCGCAGUAUGCCACGUACCCGUUCUCCAUCAAGCCCGAUCGUCUCGUGGAGGCUUUCCAGAUCAUGGACUUGCUCCGCGACCACUACGAAGGCACGCGCUACGACAUGACCAAGGGCUUGGCUGCCGGACCUUUCGGAGCCCCCGUUCGCUGGUCGGGCAGCGCCGGUGGAGUCAUUGGGGGCUGGGAACGCCCGAUCUCCAUGUACCGCACGCUGUUCGCUUUUGUCCUGCAGAGCCGAAGCCACAAGGGCCCCGAUGCUGUUGGUGGCGUUGCAUGGUACGCCCAGGAUGCGCCUCACGGCUCGGUCUUCGUCCCGUUCUCCUGCGCUCAAGAGGCCGUCCCGAAGUCGUACUUGCUGGGUCGUCAGAGCAAGUUCCACCCGCAGUCCGCUUGGUGGGCCUUCAACUUCGUGAACAACUGGAGCCUACUGCGUUACAGCUCGAUGAGUGUCGACAUUCGCGGUAAGAUUGAUGCCUUGCAGAAGGCCGCCUUCUCACUGCGCAGCAAGAUUGAGCACGAAGCGCACGAAGCUCGACACUCGGGCAAGGUCAGUGAGACCGAACUCGUUACCAGUCUGCAAGCCCAAAGCAACGACUUCGCCGACCAAGUGGUAACGGAGUGGUGGCAGCUCGCGUGGACGCUGGUUGCCAAGUAUAGUGAUGGCUACAUGACGACGGGCGAGGCUCCGGAGCAGCAGGCCUCGAUCGGAUACCCGGCCUGGUGGCUGCAGGCCAGCGAGUUUGCUACGUGGCCCGGUGAUACGUUCAAGCCCAAGGCUAGCAUCCGCAAGCAGCUUAUUGGUGUUGACAGCGAGACGUCCCAAGGUUUCGUCCGCCAGGCAGCAAUGGCUGACAGCAUGGGAGCGAAGAAUCGGAGCUACCCCAUCGCCAUCGGUUGGCUCAUCAUGGGCGCUGUACUGGGUGGGGCCAUGCUCGCGUUCGCUAAGAAAGAGAGCCGCCGGACCGGCUACCAACCCGUGGCUUGA